CUUGAGUAGCACACUGGACACUGUUGUGACGGUGGAGCGUCGUCUCCGGGUGAACGUGAACGGUGACAGCAUCGAAACAGUUAAUGGUAGUUAGCGACAGUUGCUCUGACAAACCCUUGGAGGAGUAACAAGUGUUUACUUUCGGUUGGCGAGAGUUAGUCUUCUUUUAAAACGUCCAAACUCAGAACUUUCUCCCGUGAUAUCGGCUCGUUCUGGAGAAGUAUAUUUUUGUUCAAAUUAACGUCUUUUAACGAACUUUUUGUAGCUGAGUUUUUUUUUUCCCCGAGGGCGUGAACAAUGAUCUGAAAUGCGCUAAAAAAAAAAAAAAAAAAGAAAGAAAGAAAGAUAAAGCAGAGCCUUAUUGGAGCGGAUCAUCGGGAUGACAGAGCCAGCGGAGCGGACCCAUCAUCACCUGAAAACUUCAGGCAGCCCAUCAGGUGGGAUCGGCGGAGACGCUAUGGAGCAUCUCCCAGCCAGCAACCGUGGUGGACCGGAGAACGGCGACAGGGGGCGACAGAGAGAGCAGCAGCAGCGGCAGAGGCAGCAGCGGCGGGCGGAGAACUGUGUGGAUAUCAACACAGACAAGUUAUGGCAAACGAAAGGCGGACAGAGGGGGGUGUGCCCUGCCUUAGCAGCCGGAAACGAGCUCCCAAAGUGCCCGAUUGCAGCUCAGCCUCAUCCGAGAGCCGAUGUCCACGCAAGGGGGGACGGUCAUCACACCUCGCAGGGGGGGAAAAACGGCGACGGUGGAUCGCCGGGGGAGGAGACGUUAAACCAGGUGCAAGAGGAGAGUUUGCUCAUCGACUCCGACACCGGGUUGGAUGCGCGUCUGGGCAAGAAGAGGCACCGGCGCAGCAAGACCUCCAAGAAGAAGCGCAACUGGAAGCCUUAUUACAAACUUUCCUGGGAGGAGAGGAAAGCCCUGGAGGAGAAAGAGACAGCCAGGGCUUCCCGGGUGAGAGAGGAGAUGUUCGCCAAAGGGCUCCCGGUGGCCCCUUACAACACCACCCAGUUCCUGAUGGACGAGCACGACCGGGAGGAGCCCGACCUCAACACCGAGACCGGGGUCAGGCGACCCUCCGGGGUCGGUGGCCGCAUGGAGGACACGGGCAGCGAGGAGGAGCUGUGCGACAACGAGGUGACCGACGAUGAUGACGGCAGCGGCGGAGGCAGCGACGGCAUCGGGAGGCCCGGCAACGCAGGUGGGGAGUUUCUCCAGAGAGACUUUUCCGAGACCUACGAGAUGUACCACGUCGAGAGCCUGCAGAAUAUGACCAAGCAGGAGCUGGUCCAGGAGUACCUGGAGCUGGAGAAGUGCAUGUCCCGGCUGGAGGAGGAGAACAACCGGCUGAGGCGCGCCGUGGAGCCCGGGGGUCCGACCGUGGAGGGCUCCCUGGUGCGGCUCGGAGAGCUGGAGAGGGAGCUGGAGAGACUCAAGGCUCAAAACACGGAGCUCCUCCUGCAGAACCAGCCCAGUAAGGACAGGGGCCAGGUCGCUACCAAUUAAAACAAACCUUUUGAAGGUAAAAAUGGGACUGCUGCAUUUUUUUUUUUAAAUUGUCAUCAGUUUUCUGUAAUCAGUUUGUCAUCUGGACAAUGAAGUCCUCGCAUUGCAAUGCAAUACUUGACGUUUCUUUUUUUUCUAUUUGGACUGUAAAGGGUUGUCCUGUUCAAGUUAUUAUUAUUUUUUUAUUUUUUUUUCCCCAAGAAGAAAAAUGUAAAUAUUUCAAAAAUCAGAUUCUUUUUAUAAAGAGAAUGUAUUUGACAACACGACACUUUGUUUUUGUUUACCGGGUCAACAUCGUAGGUAUCCAUUGAUAUAUAUAUCGUACUGUUCCAUAUUUGAAUUUUAAAAACAAACAUGGUAUGUUGCAUUACCCCCCCCCCCCCAGAAAAUAUCAACUACAAAUUACAGCUAAUUGGCCCAGCUUGCAAAAGACCGUUGUUUUGUUUUUGUUUUUGCAGAAAUAAACUACCAGAGUGAACAUUUUAACAGUUGUGUGUUAACAUAAGUUCAAAUAAAAUUUUGAAAUUCU